AUGGCGUAUGCUCCGAACACAGUGGAAGGGAUGCUGGGGAAGUUCAACCAGGGGUUCUUGUACAGCAGAAACAGCAGCAGUGAGCUCGUUAGAAGCACACCAGGAACGCUGCAGUACAAUGAGUAUGUAGAGGAACAGAGGAGAAAUUAG